AUGGCCCAGGCAAAGGAGCAGCACUGUGGCCAGUCCACAGGCACCAAUUCUGCCUUACAGAAGCUGGACGAGCUGGCAAACCGCGUCUUUCAGAAACUUCGUAAAGGGAGCCACGAGCAUAAGGCGCAGGAGCCUGAAGGGUCCCAUGUCACCGAGUUUCCCAUCAGCUGGGAUAGAUGGAUGAAAGAGUUCUUAGCCAAAGCCAAAGAAGAUUUUUUAAGGAAAUGGGAGUGUCCACAGCAGAGCACAACUUGUCUAGAUGACUUUGAGAGGCUAAAAACUCUUGGUACUGGCUCCUUUGGAAGAGUUAUGCUGGUUAAACACAAAGGAAGUGGGCAUUUCUAUGCAAUGAAGAUACUGGACAAGCAGAAGGUGGUGAAAUUGAAGCAGAUAGAACACACAUUAAAUGAGAAGAGAAUAUUGCAGGCUGUGUGUUUUCCAUUUCUUGUCCGUCUGGAAUAUGCAUUCAAGGACAAUUCAAACUUGUACAUGGUAAUGGAGUAUGUCCCAGGUGGAGAAAUGUUUUCACAUCUUCGACGAAUUGGGAAGUUCAGUGAACAACACGCUAGAUUUUAUGCAGCUCAGAUUGUACUAACCUUUGAGUACCUCCAUUCAUUAGACCUUAUAUACAGAGAUUUGAAACCUGAAAACCUACUUAUUGAUCAACAAGGUUACAUUCAGGUUACAGACUUUGGGUUCGCAAAAAGAGUAAAAGGAAGGACUUGGACGUUGUGUGGAACCCCAGAGUAUCUAGCACCAGAGAUCAUCCUCAGCAAGGGCUACAACAAAGCUGUGGACUGGUGGGCACUGGGUGUUUUAAUCUAUGAAAUGGCAGCUGGUUACCCACCCUUCUUUGCAGAUCAGCCCAUCCAGAUCUAUGAAAAAAUUGUGUCUGGCAAGGUACGGUUCCCUGCCCACUUCAGUUCUGACCUGAAAGACCUGUUGAAGAAUUUACUCCAGGUGGACCUAACAAAGCGGUUUGGCAAUCUGAAGAAUGGAGUAAACGACAUUCAAAACCACAAAUGGUUUGCAACAACAGAUUGGAUUGCCAUCUACGAGCGAAAAGUAGAGGCUCCUUUCGUACCAAAGUGCAAAGGGCCUGGAGACACAAGCAAUUUUGAUGACUAUGAAGAGGAGGAAAUCCGUGUCUCCAUCACAGAAAAGUGUGCAAAGGAGUUCUCAGAGUUUUAGUGUCCCAGCAGGGAUCACAACACGGCUCCUAUUUGUCAAGAUUUUCUCAGUCUGCCAAGACACAAGGUGGAUGUCAAGACCAUCAUUCAUUCUACAGUUGACCUUGUUCUUUCAUUGUGCACAGCUAGCAGAGCUCCCUCCUUGCCAUGGUCCUUUGUGUGCAGCUAGGACUAACUUUCACUGACAUGCACAUUUUAAGCAGACACUCCUUAUGCUGUUGCACAAGAUAGUUGACUACAUUCUUUUUUUUUUUUUUAAAUCUUUUAAAUCACUGUCAUUGUCCUGAAUUUCAUUCCCCGCUCCAUUUUUUUAAACCAAGUGGUGCAUAAAGGUUGGUAAUUACACCAUCUAUUUUCCUAGAUGAGCUGAAUUCAAAUAUGGGUGUGUCAUCAACUUCUUUCCAGCUUUAAUAGCUCUUUUUUUCCUAUACCCUCUCUCAAUACAAGGAAAAUCCAGUCAUUCUCUAAUAUUAAUAGUUGCAGUCCAGUCAAACAUGUUCUGCUGGAUGCACUCAUAUCUUAAGACCUUGUGUUUUUGAAUUGCUCUCCCCUUUUAACUUAUUUACUGGCAUCCAGAUUAUGGUAUAAUAUCUAAAUUCUGCAGGAAAUGCCAAAUACAAUUGGAAACAAAUCUGUACUGUACAUAUCUUAAUAUUUGUACCAGAGUUUUACAAAUUUUCCUGUUCCUGUAUCUUAUUGGUAGUUUAUGGAACAGGGGUUUUGUAAUUUAUUUAUUAUAUUUUUUUGGGAAAGGUUUUAUCCAAAAAAAACAUUUAUUGAUCCCCCUGCAAUGAAGUUAGCCAUUUUAACUGUUGCUCACCUAUUGAGGGUAAUCAUUCUGGAAUACCAUGUUCUCUAUAAAAGGCAACAAAUUUCUCUAGAAUGAAUUGUUAAAUUUAGAGAUAUAUUUCUCUUUUCUAUGUAGGAAAUGGAUUACUGCUUAGAUUGGCUGGUGGAACCAUGUUGGUUUGGGCAUGUACAUUAACAUUUGCUCUAUCAUUAGUUCUCUGCGUAUAUUUUUGGCAGUUUUCAGGAGACUGUAUAAAUGCCAUAUUUUAACAUUUUUAUUUUAGUCUUGUAUUUAUCUCCUACGAGAGAGUAUAGCAGAAACUGAUAUGUGUAUUAAAACUGCUUGAUUUAUCAUGCCCCAAAUAAUUCUUGAUUUUACAUGCUGAUGCACAGUACAAAAGCUUCAGCUUAUUACCAUCAACAUUUUAGUCUUUGUUCAGUUCAUUUCACAAGACAUGAUUGUUUUCUCAUGUAUUUAUAGACAUAUUACAGAAAAGCUGUCUAAUAAAUUUAAAUUUUAAACAUUUAACAUUGCCAUAGUCCACACUUCUUGACGUUUUGGAGGAACUGAGGUGGUUUAUACAUUCAUACUAGUAGCAAUCACGCCCUUGUAUGUGUUUAUUUGAAAUAGUGACACUUUGUUCUGUCUCAUACAAGUUUUCAUAAAUGACAAAAUAGUAAACUGACAAGUACCUUAGCAUUCCCUUAUAGGGAAAUACAUUGUUCUUCCUGUAAUGAGCCCCACUGUGAACUGUAAGCCUCGAUCCAGCUACUCAAGAGAAAUAUAGCACAGGUCAGGCCAUUAAGGUGCUGGAUAACUAAGCUUUAAAUAUAAUAUUCUUAUACUUAGUCAUUAUCCAUUUAUUUCUUGAUAUGCACUAUAAGUAGGGUGCUUUGUGAUUUGCUGUCAGUCCAAGGAGUCAUAGGUGCAAAUCACUAUAAAAUGCAACAACACACUAAGAACACUAUAAAGUCACCAGUUUACCAGAACAUCACAUCUGUGGUAUGCAGGUACAAAUAUGGGAAACAUGCAAACUUUGCAUUGAUAAACUGGGGCAAUGUCAGACCUAUAACCUUAGAGCAAUGAGGCAAAAGUGCUACCUGUUGAGUCAGCAUAUAGGACGAUAGUCACACUGAUUAAAUAUCAGGAUAUUUAAUAAAAUACAUGGCAAGAAGGUGCUCUGUUACCAAACUACAUCUCUUUUGGGCGGUAUAUUAUUAUAUUUAUUUUCUUCCAAAUCUUUUAAAUCUGAAAGGGAUAUUUGCUAUAAAACUGAAGAAGGAUAAAUUUCAUCAUUUCAGCUCAGUGUGAAAUAACU